AUGAAGGAAUAUCUUAUCCAUUUAGCCCAAGCGUAUCCAAAAUUUCGGAAAGCUGAACUUGAAUCUUUAGCUGAUUUGUAUAAUAUAAAAUUAGAUUUGUCGCAUCAUAAUGAAAGAAAUCCUUUUAUGAUAGUUAAUCUUGAGAGCGAUGAAGAGGCAAGUUGUUUGAUAGACAGAGCUGUACUCAGUAAAGGAAUAUACGAACUCUGGGGCCAGGGUACAACUUUAGAAGAAUUGCAUGAGGAUGUUAAGAUUAGAUCAACUAAUUAUGCCAGAGAGUAUGAGAAUAAGUCCUUCAAGUUUGAAUUUAUUGGCUACAAAGGUAAAAAAAACAAGAAAGAGAAAGUGAAAAUAAUUGAGACUUUUUCAUACCUCGGAUUUAAGGGGCCCAUUAAGAUGACUCAUCCAGAUGAGAUUUAUUCUGUGCUCGAGGAAUAUGAGGUUAGUGGACAAGACAAAGCGACGGAGCCAAUUAAAAUGUGGUUUGGUAGGAGGAUAAAAUUAAGUGCCAGAUCUUUGAACAUUCUAGACACCUAUGACUUGAGGGUCAGAAAAUAUAUAGGAACGACAUCGUUUGAAGCAGAACUUUCUCUUGUGAGUUGUAAUAUUGGACAAGUUGGUCCAGGUAAGGUUGUAUAUGAUCCAUUUACGGGUACGGGAUCAUUUUUAGUAAGUGCAGCCCAUUACGGUGCCAUUACUAUGGGUUCAGAUAUAGACGUUAGAGCGCUUAAAGGAAAGGGUCCUGAGUGUUCUAUCUACGGGAACCUUAAACAGUAUGGCAUUUCACUGAACUUCUUAGAUCUUCUAGCCAUGGACUUCACUAAUAAUGCGAUCAGAAAAACCUUUAAAAUAGAUUCAAUUAUAUGCGAUCCCCCUUACGGUGUUAGAGAAGGUUUAAAAGUCUGUGGAACGAGAGAUCCUCAAAAGGCAAUUGAAAGAGAACAAGUAAUCAUUAAUGGCGAGAAAGCACACUUAAGACGUGAUUUCAUUGCUCCAAAAAAGCCGUAUGAACUUGCUGAUCUUUUGCAGGAUUUGCUUUCAUUCGCUGCUGAAAGAUUACCCAUUAACGGAAGGUUAGCUUUUUGGAUGCCAACUGCGAAUGACAACUACAAAGUAAAUCAAGUUCCUCAGCAUGAAAAUUUAGAAUUGCUUUAUAACCUAGAGCAGGAGUUCAAUAAGUGGUCUAGAAGACUCCUAGUUUAUGUAAAGAGAGACAUAAGUUUUCAGGGAGAGACAAGAAAUGGGUUAAAAGAAGUGCAUACUAAAAGCUUUAGAGAGAGAUACUUUAAAAGUUUUAAUGAUUCUGGCGUAUAG